GCAGUGACACCGCGUGGCUGCUUCUCGCCCGCCCCCGCGGGUGGCUGCCGGGAGUCAAGAUGGAGGCGGCGAGCAGAGCGGGGCAGGAGAUCAGCUUGGCGGCCCUCAAGCAGCACGACCCGUACAUUACCAGCAUCGCCGAUGUGACCGGGCAGGUAGCUCUCUACAGUUUCAGCCCGAAGGCCAACGAGUGGGAGAAGACUGACAUAGAAGGUACCUUGUUUGUGUACAAAAGGUCUGCUUCUCCUUACCAUGUUUUUACAAUAGUGAAUCGACUGAACAUGCACAACCUAGUUGAACCAGUGAAUAAAGACUUGGAGUUUCAGCUUCAUGAACCUUUUCUUCUCUACAGAAAUGCUAGCUUGUCAAUUUACAGUAUCUGGUUUUACAACAAGAAUGACUGUCAUCGAAUAGCAAAACUCAUGGCUAAAGUGGUGGAACAAGAAGCUCAGAGAUCACAGCAAGUUUCCCAGGACAGAAAAAGUCCCAGCAGAACAAAUGGCUGCAGUGAAAACAGGCCUAUUGACAUCCUGGAAAUGCUUAGUAAAGCCAAGGUUGAAUAUGAACGAAAUCAGAUCAAUGAGUUAAGCGCCAUAUCAAGUUCUGGUGUGCAACAACAUGCGAAUCCCACAAAGCCAGAAAGCACAGAGACGUCAGAACAAAACACUUCAUUACAAGUGAAAGAUCAAUCAUUUCAGUCAAGGCCGAAGCAUCUGACUUUAGAAGAACUGUUUGGAACCUCUGUACCAAAGGAACAGCCUUUACCUCCAUAUCCCAAUACAGAGAGAAUGGAGAAGCUGCAGACUGACGCCUCUGCCAGGGAGCAGCAAAGCUUGCUUUUGCCUUUUUCCUUUGACCAGACAGCAGUAAUACAACCACCACAAGGGAAAUCGGAAAGUCCAAACAUUAAAACUAGUGCCAAUCCUUUGAAUCAACAGGAAUGUUUAACACCUAUGCUUAUACCUCCAGCUUCAGUUUCCCAGCCUGAUGUUUCAAGCUAUUCAGUUCGUUUAAGCCCUAUUCUUAAUUCAACCUCAGCAAUGGAUGCUGCCCCUGCUCAAAUGCUUCCUGGCCUAAAACAAAACAACAGUAUAAUGCAAGUUAUGCAGCAAGCUGCCAAGCAGAUAACCCCACUAGUGAAUCAGCCUUCUGAAGUGAACCAUGCUCCUCAGAAUCUAAUGGCUGGCCAGAGCCAGCUUAUAGCACCCUUAACAUCAGCAAAUACAGGAACUGUCUCAAGUACAUCCCAUACAAGCGUUGAUCUUCUCCAGAAACUCAGGUUGACCCCACAGCAUGACCAAAUGCAACAGCAGUCUCUCACUAAGACUUCCUUAACACCAAACAUCUCUGCCUCGGUUGGCCAGCUUGCAACACCAGAAAGCUUCAAAGAAUCGCACAGUAAAUCAUCAACCUUAAGCAGCAAGAAAAUACCUUCCCUGCAGACUGUACAACAAAACAAAGAACCAGAAGUAUUUCCACAGUCCAAGACUUUACCUAAAGCAGGUCAGGUUGCGCCUCCACAGUUUGUUACGGCCACAACUACAGUAACUCCUUCAAUCCUCUUGUCUCCUAGUGUUUUUCAGCAGUCAGCUACAAAACCUACUGAAGUGGAAAAUAAAGCCAAUUCUUCGUCACCUUUAACUCUUGGAACAACAGAAAUUCAAACAGUACCUCUUACUGUUCUCAGUAGGUCUCAGCUUCAGGAAGCACUGAUACAUCUGAUAAAGAAUGAUUCCCGUUUUCUCAGCACUAUUCAUGAAGUCUACUUGCAAGUCGUAACCAAGAAUACAGACAACAUUAAGCUAUAAUCGAAGCUAAAUCUACUUAGAAUAUUACCACUCUAGAAAUAAUUAUGCCUCAUCUAUAAAACUAAUAUUUUUUUAAAAGAAUAUUUAGUUUUCAAUGUCUUGAAUUUGAACCUGUUAGGAAAGACUAUUCCUUGAAUACUUUUAAAAAGUAAUGUUCUCAGAAGUGAUUUAGGUUUUCACUGUGAUCAUCACCAGCAGACCUUUCUUUUUAUUGGGGGAGAGGGGGACUUAAUUUGCAUAUGAGCUUUCAUUAGCAUUAGUGAUCAUGCAGAUAUUUGCUCCGGCUUUUGUUCCUAGCUGUAUUCGCCUUUCAGGGGUUACAGACUACGUACAACUUACCGAGCCAAUACGUAGUACAGUACACUACACCACGCCGGAACAAGACUCGGUUGUGGGAACCUAGUUCCAGUUCUAAGGUGAGAGCUGAAUGCCUUGUGACUAAGGUGGCAGUUGUGGGGAAGAGAGGGAUUUAGAAGCCAGGCCUUUGCAGCUAAAUCUUUUAACAAAAGGUUUAAAAAUGUGAUUUGCUCAGUACAUUAACAGUCUCUAGCUAAUGCACAUCACCUCAUCUUUUAAAUAUUCCAUUAAUCUUACCGCUUCUCCAUGUCUGACAUCAGGCAGAUAUCCAAGUGAGUAAGGCCAUUUUCUCUAAAAAGGUGUAAUUGGAAAUACACAAAAUCUUCAGUGAUUGUAUUAUUUUUAAGCAACAGAAUAGUUCUGUUCUAAGUUGAAGUUCUUUCAGUGUAAGCGUAGGUAGGAGACCACCACUGGAAGACCACUGUCCUGUUCAGUAGUGUAUGAUAUGACUGAAAUACUUUGUUUCCCUCUUAAGGAUGGACCAUAUCUUAUUUGGAUUUCAUUCCUCAGUUGUAUUGUAACUGCGGUGUUGAAAACUAGCAGACAGGGAACAAAUGCAUGCUCUUCUCUUGGCCUCUCUCCAAAUUAUAUGUCCAUACUUUGUGCUCUGAAAUAUAUCUAGUUAACAUGUUACUGCUUUUUAUGUAUUAUUUUGUAGUUCAGUAUUGUAAGAAUUUAAUAUCAUACUUUCCUAUUUGAAAUCAGAAAGGUUUCUAACUAUAUUUUCUUAUGCUGCUGUAUUGGUGUACCCAUGGCUUGUAUUUAUUUAUUGGAGUUACACAAAAGUCAUUAACAAGACUUCAGGUCUGAACUUCGUCCAGCAAUACUAGUUUUAAAGGAUGCUUUUGCAGUUGAAAAAAAAAGUUUUGGUUUAUUGAGUAAAAAGCUAGUCUGUAGUGAGUUAUGAUGCACUGCUUUUUGCCCCCUCCCUCAAGCACUAUUGAAAUUGAAGAAGAAAACUUAGUUCCUUAAGAAAGAAAAAAACAUGUAUGUGCAUGUACCCUAAGGAUUAGUAGAGGUUAACAUAGUCAAGGUAUACAGUCAUUUUGUUGCAAACUAGCAACUGAGCUUUAAUUGUAACUUUUCACAGAUUGGUAUGUUUUAGAUAAACAGAUACUUACGUUUUUAUGUAUUUGAUCUAUUUUAAGUUUUUUCAUAGGUUUUUAGUGGAAAAAUAUAUUUUUGUUUAGCACUACCUGCCUUCUGAAAAGUUCUUUGCAGCCUUUGAGUUCAGGGUUUCCGGUUAAAAUAUAUAGUAUUUUUGUUAGAAAAUGUGCAGGAUUCAGGGAAUUAGGCUAAUGUCAUGCACAUUCAUCAAGAAAUUUAUUGGCUUUAAUUUAAUUGUAGCAUUUGAAUUCAGCAAUAUGGACUCUGCGCCUUGCUAAGGAAGAUGGGAACUUCCUACACAAAUUCUAGAGUUAUGAUACUGUACAUGGACAUAAACAGUGAGACUCAAAUUAGGUCUAAAGUCUCAGUUAAUUUAGUGGCUCUUCCAGAGAAACUUCUAUUAAAAGGAACAAACCAAUGUGCAGUUCCCAUGGGGGAAAAGGAUGCAUAGCCUAAGCCAAAUACAGAGCUACUUUUUCAAAGAUGAAGUUCGUAACUCCCUGGUUUUUACAGACAAUUCCCAGUUUCUUUGAAGGAAGAUUUGAUAUGAGUUUCUAAGAAUAGAAAUAAUUAAUGAUAUUUGUUGUUAAAUACGGUCAUAUCCAAAGAUCUGUAGAAACAAUAGAGUUGUAUUUUGAGUUCUUAAGUGAUAUAGAGUUGAGAAAAAUACUGCUUAGAGCAGCAAUGCUAUUAUGAGAGUUUGACUCUGCUCUGACAGCUGAAUAUCCUUGACUUGUUUUUUGUUGUGCACUAAUAGCAAUAAGUUAUCAGUUCCCCCAGCUAUAAAAAUGAAUUGGAAGAGAAACAAUAAAAUCACUUUUACUACAAGAAAACUUGCUCAUCUUGAACACCUGCAUGCAUGUUUGGUCUGGCCUCUACCUAUAGCUGGCAGGCACUGGGACUAAGCUAGGUGUCCUCCAGUACACUGCAGAGUUAGUCUGUCAUUUAGGAGUAAUGAGAUAAAUCUCUUCAGUGAGAAGUUAGUGUAAAACACAAGCUUAACUACAGUGUAAAACUUGAAUUUAUUUUUAAUGCAGACUGUGUUAGUUAAAUACUUUAAUUUCCUGAUUAUCUUAAUUUUUUGCGUAAACCUAAAAUUACCAGCUUGUCAACAUACUUGAUUUGUGUUAGCCACAUGUAGCGAUAACUAGGGCAUAUAGAAGUUACCAUGGGGUCAUCACAGCAAAUUUUCACCAUUUUCAAGUGUAGAGUUUUUGGAUCUAUUGGCUUAAUGGGAUUAUACCUAUUAGUUCUGAGAACGAGAAGGUUUGCUUAGACUUUACUCCUCACAUGAAUUGCAUUGUCUAAGCAUGUCUUCUGUGGCUAGUGUUAAGUCACUUUAAUUCAAAACUAAAAGUUAAGCCUAAUCAAAAACAGUUCUAAAAAUAUGCAGCUGCUGAUUUAUUCAGGAAAAUCAAAAUUCUCAGUUUUGUAGUUAGACUUUAUCUGCUGUUAUUUAAUAAUGCUAAGUUUAUAUGAAAGGUGCCUAACAUCUGUAACUUAGAAGCAGUGUAUCUUUCCAAAUUUAACAAGAUUUGGAGAAUGAUUGAAUAACAUUUUAAAAAAAAACUAAGUUGUUUGUUUUGGUUUCUUAUAUAUGUUUAGCUUUGUGCAUAAAUAUUUAACAUCUGCUUCUGGUUGUAUCUCGUUUUUUGCUUGCAUUUCUAAUUGCUUCAUUUUGGUGUAUUUCUGAAACCCUUUAUGCCAUGUAUAGUCACUGAUACACUCUCUAAAAUAUUUUUAGAAGCAAAUGUUAAUUUGGGCCUUCUUGUUUUUAUGAGUAUUGCAAACACAUACCCACCUUUUUGCCAGCUAUUUGUGUUGCUUUGAACAGCAUAUCUUAACAGGAGGAAUGUGUGCAAUAUGUAUCACCUCAGUUUUGUCUGGCAAUGUUACAGAACUGUUAAGAUGGAAUAUCUUCCAAGUUGGAGAAACUGCAGUAUCUUUAAUUUGGUUGUCUAUUUAUAUUUAUCUAGUCAGUGUAUGGGCAUAUGGUUGUUUGGUUUGUUGUUUUGGGGUUUUUUUGUUUGUUUAAUGUGCAUUAUGUGCUUUUAGCAAUUCCUGAGUUUUACCACUUUAGUGUGUGCACCGGUUCUGAACCCAUCUGCAUGUUCUUUGAGUAUGAAGACCACGGGGAAGGAGGGCUUCAGGAAAAAUUUCUGGAAACUGGGGGUGAGAGUAAUUUUAAGUCAGUAAAUGUAGAUACUGCUUCAUUAACAUUUUUAGUAUGGUAUGGAUUUUAUAGCACCUAUGUAUGUUUGCAGUUAUUAAGUUAUUGCAUAAAUGUUUAAGAAUGAACAUUUUUCAUCCAAAAUUUUGUAUGUUUGCAAAUAUAUUUUUGUAAUAAAACCUCAAAACAAAUGUUUCAGCACCUCCUAAAA